AUACCAUCUAAAUGUGCAGGUGAUACUCGAUAGUGUUCUCUCAUAUUUAUCUUCUUAUUUGUCUGGUUAUAACUUGGAACCAAAGAAGCCAAUUAUCAACGACAAGUUCACCGCCAUUGCUCGGAGCUCCGGCCAUUUAUCAUCGGAGAAUCCUCUCUCAUGUGGUUGUUUUGCCAGCCUCCUCGAACCAUCCAGCAAUUUCGCAACCCACACCACCACCCAUCUCCACCUCAAUCCCACACGCGCCACCCCACCUCCGUCACGCUCCACCCCUCCACUACCACCACCACCAACACCAACCACCUUAUCCAAUCCCUCUGUAACAAAGGUCGCAUCAAACAAGCCAUUCAAGUUCUCACUCAAGAACCCAACCCAACUCAACGCACUUAUGAACUCUUAAUCCUCUCAUGCGCCGUUGCAAAUUCGUUCUCCGACGCUGUUACCGUUAACCGCCGCCUUAUCGAUGAUGGGUUCGAUGAGGACCCAUUUCUGGCGACUAAACUUAUCGAUAUGUAUUCGAAUUUGGGGUGUAUUGAAUAUGCACGCAAGGUGUUUGAUGAAAUGCCCAAUAGAACUAUAUAUGUUUACAAUGCGUUUUUCCGGGCGCUAACGAUUGCUGAUCAUGGGUUAGAUGUGUUUGGUGUCUUUUGUUAUAUGAAUGCAGAUGGGAUUAAACCGGAUAGGUUUACUUACACUUAUGUUCUCAAGGCAUGUGUUGCGUCGGAUAGUUCGGUUUCGCUGUUGCCGAAGGGAAAGGAGAUUCAUGCUCAUGUUUUGAGACAUGGGUUUGAGAUUAAUGUUCAUGUUAUGACUACUUUGGUUGACAUGUAUGCUAGGUUUGGGUGUGUGUCGCAAGCGGGUUAUGUUUUUAACCAAAUGGUUUCGAAGAAUGUGGUUUCUUGGAGUGCUAUGAUUGCGUGUUAUGCGAAAAACGGGAGACCGUUUGAUGCACUCCAACUGUUUGGUGAAAUGAUGCUUGAAGUUCAUGAUUCGACACCAAAUGCAGUGACAAUGGUUAGUGUUCUUCAAGCAUGCGGUGCACUUGCAGCUUUAGAGCAAGGAAGGUUAUUGCACGCUUACAUCCUACGAAGAGGUCUCGAUUCAGUUUUGCCGGUUCUUGCGUCUCUGAUUACUAUGUAUGCGAGAUGUGGUGAUCUUGAAGUUGGAAAACGGGUUUUCGAUCAAAUGGUUAAACGCGAUGUUGUUUCAUGGAACGCUAUGAUUUCAAGUUAUGGAAUGCAUGGAUUUGGUGAAAAGGCGAUUGAAGUUUACAAUGAAAUGGUAUCGAACAAGAUUGCUCCGAGUCCUAUAACGUUUGUGAGUCUUCUUGGUGCUUGUAGCCAUGCGGGUCUUGUGGAUGAAGGGAAAAACUUGUUUGAAUCCAUAACACGAGAUCAUAACAUGCGUUUAACCGUGGAGCAUUACGCUUGUAUGGUGGAUCUUUUGGGUCGGGCCAAUAGAUUAGACGAGGCAGCUAAGAUUAUACAAGAUAUGAGAGCUGAACCCGGGCCUAAAGUUUGGGGUUCACUUCUAGGAUCAUGUAGGAUUCAUUGCAAUGUUGAAUUAGCCGAGAGGGCAAGCAAGCGGCUUUUUGAGCUCGAACCCACAAACGCGGGGAAUUAUGUACUUUUAGCCGAGAUUUACGCAGAGGCCCAGUUGUGGGAUGAAGUGUCAAAGGUGAAGAAGCUUUUACAAACUCAAGAGCUUCAAAAGAAAUCCGGAUGUAGUUGGAUUGAAGUGAAAAAGAAAAUAUACUCCUUUGAAUCGGUUGAUGAGUUCAAUCCUCACGUUGAACAGCUCCACGCGUUUUUACUCAAAUUAUCAAUGGAGAUGAAGGAACACGGUUACCAGCCCAAGACUAAAGUCGUGUUGUAUGAUGUCGAUGAGAUGGAAAAAGAGCGGAUUUUAUUGGGUCAUAGUGAGAAACUGGCGGUUGCGUUCGGGUUGAUUAAUAGUUCUAAAGGAGAAACAAUUAGGAUCACGAAGAAUUUACGGUUAUGUGAAGAUUGUCAUUCAGUCACAAAGUUUGUGUCUAAGUUUGCAGAUAGAGAAAUUUUGGUACGCGAUGUGAACCGCAUACAUCGUUUUAAAGACGGGGUUUGUUCGUGUGGGGAUUAUUGGUAAUGUUUGUAAGCAUACUUGACUCCUAAUCUUUAUAAUCAACAAGGGUUCUUUGUCCCAAAGGGUUAUACAUGCAUGGUUUCUUGUUGAUUAAGAUAAAUGAUGAAUGUCUCUUCCAAAUGUUUUCAGUUAUGAUUAGUAAGUAAAGAUGACAGAUCAGUAAAUAUUGUAAAUUUGGUUAACCAGUAUGAAUAAAAGAAUACAGAUCACAUUAUCUUUUUAGUAUA